ACAUCCCGUACGCCGAUCGGCAGCAAGUAGCAUCCAGCUCCACCACACAUAUAUAAGCAGCGGCCCGAAGCCAGGACGGCAAACCACACCAAACCGAGCCAAGAAACCUUCUCUGAUAACUUUUAAUCCUCGCAUCGUUGACUGUUGUACAUGAUGGCGGAGACCGAGGCAGCGUCUGCGGCCGCGGCGGCGGAGGCGGGCCCGGCGGAGGAGGGGAGGAGCAAGACGGUGGUGCUGGUCGGCGUGGACGACAGCGACCACAGCUACCGCGCGCUCGAGUGGGCCGUGCGGUACGUGGCGGAGACGGCCGGCGCCGGGGCACCGGUGGAGCUCGUCGUCGUCCACGCCAAGCCGGCCGUGUCCUCCGUCGUCACCCUCGGCGGCCCCGCCGCCGCCGGGGACGUGGUGAGGUACGUGGAUGCGGACCUGCGCAGGAGGGCCGAGGAGGUCGUCGACAGGGCUCGCCGCCUCUGCGCCGCCAACUCGGUGCAGGGUGUGGUUGAGGUGAUCGACGGGGAGCCGAGGUUCGUGCUCUGCAACGCCGUGGAGAAGCACCACGCCGACCUGCUCGUCGUCGGCAGCCAUGGCUACGGCGCCAUCAAGAGGGCAUUUCUUGGGAGCGUGAGCGACUACUGCGCCCACCACGCGCACUGCUCGGUGAUGAUAGUCAAGCAGCCCAAGCCCAAGGAAUGAUCGCCAUCUCCAGUUCCAGUGUUGGCAUUGUGCCAUUUGCGUGCCCACGCACUGCACUGUAUCCCUGUGUAAUUACUGCUCUAUUUCUUUGGAUCCUCCGGAUGUUUAUUGAAAUAUACUGCCGUGGAUGGACGAUCCGUGGUUGCGGUUGAAGAUUA